UCUCAAAAAAACAUGUUAAAGUGUAAAAGAAAUUUUUUUAAAUCUAUUAAGUAAAACAUUUUUUUAAAAAAGUUGCUUUUGUUGCAGAUUUUAUCACUUUUUUAAAACUUCAAAAUCUUCUCUAGUUCAAGUAAAGGUUCCAACGUAUAACUACGUCGGAAACAUAAACAGUAAUGGCAGAUCUAAUUUCAAGUUUAACCCAGAUGGAACUUACCGGGGAAAAUUUUCAAAACAUGUUUCAAGAUAAUCUCAAACAAAUUGAUGAACUUUUAAAUUCUUCUAAAGGAAAAAAUAUUGUUGCGUUUGCUGGAUUAACUGGUUCUGGUAAGAGUACUCUUAUUAACUACCUAUGCAGAAAAGAAUUAAAAGUUGACGAAGACGAUAAUAUUGUAUUAAAAAAUCCGAGUGAUGAAAAUGCAAUGCAAAUCGGAAUAACCAGUGUUUCAGAAACAUUUUUGCCAAAGUUUUGUAAAUAUAGAGAUGUUUUACUUUACGAUUUACCAGGAUUUUGCGAUUCCAGAGGAAUGCUUGUGAAUUUAUUCAACUCAGCAAUAAUUAAGAAUAUUAUUGAAAAUGCUGACACUGCUGUCAUUGUUCUUGUAAUUAGUGAAGAUGAAAUCAUUGCAGGAAGAGGUAAACUUUUUAAAGAGCUUAUUUCUCGUUUAGAAACACUAAUUCCCAACGUUGUAUUGCAAAAAAGAAGUGCAUUAGUAAUAACUAAAAGUUCACCUGGAAAAAAUGUUGAAGCCUUGGUGAGAAAGCUAAACCAAAAAAGUGAUGGGGAUGCUGUAAUGAUGUGGCAUUCCAUCGGAUGUCUUGCAAAAAUGCAAAAGGCUCAUGAACAAAAGAUUGAAGAAACAGACCGAGAACAAAUUAUCGAAGCAAUCUUUAAUGUUCCGCAAAAACCCAUAAGUUUGGUUGAUAUUUGCGUUACUUAUGAUUACAGUUUGUUAAGUUCAUUUAAAAAGAUUUGUAAAAAAGAGAUACAAAAAGUUUUUCAAAAUUAUCUUUUGAAAAUACUGGAUGUAAAAUUAAUCAAUUCUCUUCCUAUUUCAGUAUUAGCAGAUAAAAUAAAUCAACUUAAAAAAUCUGUUGACGAAUGUCAGUUUGAAUGUUCAACACUUAUUGUGCUUUUAAAAACAAUUUCACAAAACAUUUUGGAAUCUGCUUUAGUUAAAAUGAGAGAUAAAAUGAGAGUCCAAGUUGACAACUUAAUUUUGCUAUGUUUUAUCGAAAUUGAGCAACAAAAAAAGAAAUCAGAAAGCAGUAGUUUAAUAAAGAUUAUUCGUGAGAUAAGUGUUACAGCAGUUAUUCGUGAGAUAAGUGUUACAGCAGCUGCUUUCAGCUUAAGUUUUUUAUUUAAAAAAAUUUUUAGGUUUUAAACAAAACAAACCAGGCAGUUGGCAGCCAUACUACGCAUUAUCCUGUGUAUACUUGAAUAUUUCUUGUUAUUAUUAUGUUUGUGUAAUUUAAAUAUUUAAAAACUUAUUAACAGUUUUAUAUUAA